CGUCGUCUCGCCUCGGGAGUGUCAUGGCGGAGACCAUCUGGAACACUGACACCGGAGAGGCCGUGUAUCGCUCCCGGGAUCCUGUGUGCAACCUGCGCCUCCGAGUUCAUCUGCAAAGAAUCACAUCAAGCAGCUUUCUUCACUAUCAACCUGCUGUCCAGCCUGGGAAGGACCUCAUAGACUUGGCCACUUUUAGGCCUCACCCAACUGCCAGUGGACACCGCCCAGAGGAGGAGGAAGAGGAAGAGCUUGUGAUUGGAUGGCAAGAGAAGCUCUUUAGCCAGUUUGAAGUAGAUCUGUACCAGAAUGAAGCAGCAUGUCAGAGUCCCUUGGAUUAUCAGUACCGCCAAGAGAUCCUCAAACUGGAGAGUUCUGGUGGCAGGAAGAAUCGACGAAUCUUUACCUACACUGACUCCGAUAGAUACACCAACUUGGAAGAGCACUGUCAGAAAAUGACCACUUCAGCCAGUGAGAUGCCAUCGUUUUUGGUCGAGCGAAUGGCCAAUGUCAGACGGCGGCGGCAGGACAGGCGAGGGACGGAGGGUGGCAUCCUCAAGUCACGCAUCAUCACCUGGGAACCCUCCGAGGAGUUCAUCAGGAACAACCAUGUCAUUAAUACCCCUCUGCAGACAAUGUACAUCAUGGCAGACCUAGGGCCCUAUGGAAAGCUUGGCUAUAAGACAUAUGAACAUGUCCUCUGUACUCUGAAGGUGGACAGCAACGGCGUGAUCACAGUAAAACCUGACUUCACUGGUCUCAAAGGACCCUACAGAAUCGAGACUGAGGGGGAGAAGCAGGAGCUGUGGAAGUACACCAUCGACAACGUGUCCUCCCUCGCCCAGCCUGAGGAGGAGGAACGGGAGCAGCGUGUGUUUAAGGAUCUUUAUGGCCGACACAAGGAUUAUCUGAGCAGCCUCGUGGGCACGGACUUUGAGAUGACAGCCCCGGGUGCCCUCCGGCUCUUUGUAAAUGGAGAGGUAGUUUCAGCCCAAGGCUAUGAAUAUGACAAUCUCUAUAUCCACUUCUUUGUAGAAUUACCAACUACUAACUGGUCAAGUCCAGCUGUACAGCAGCUGUCAGGAGUAACACAGACCUGUGCCACCAAGUCCCUGGGAAUGGACAAGGUGGCUUACUUCUCCUAUCCAUUCACAUUCGAAGCCUUUUUCCUCCACGAGGAUGAAUCCGCUGAUGCUCUCCUGGAGUGGCCUGUGCUCUACUGUGAGGUGCUCUCCCUGGACUUCUGGCAGCGGUACCGGGUGGAAGGCUAUGGGGCUGUGGUGCUGCCUGCCACCCCAGGUUCACACACCCUGACAGUCUCCACAUGGAGGCCCGUGGAACUUAACCCAGUGGCUGAGCUGAGGAGGUUCUUCAUUGGCGGUUCUCUGGAGUUGGAGGACCUCUCUUACGUGCGGGUGCCGGGGACCUUCAAGGGGGAGCGCCUGAGCCGCUUUGGACUCCGCACUGAGACCACAGGAAGCGUCACCUUCCACCUGCACUGUCUGCAGCAGUCCAGAGCCUUCAUGGAAUCCAGCUCUCUCCAGAAAAGGAUGCGGAGUGUAUUGGACCGUCUGGAAGGAUUCAGCCAGCAGAGUUCCAUUCACAGUGUGCUGGAGGCAUUUCAUCGAGCCCGACGCCGCAUGCAGGAGGCCCGAGAAAGUCUCCCCCAGGAUCUAGUGAGCCCCUCGGGAACCUUGGUCUCUUGACUCAUUGCACCCCUGGCCUCCAGCAAAAGGACAAGAUAAGGGAUGUCUGAGGGCAGUGCUCUCCCAUCUCUUGGUCUUUCAUAUUAGAGACUACAUUGGCCUGCCAGGAACCCGAAGAGCUGGGACAUUCCCACACUGGCCCUCUGUCUAGUCUUCAGCAGGGUAUUCUUCCUGCCAUGUGGAGGUAAAAUUAGGGACCCUAGAGACCUCUCCAGAGUUCAGCACCUAUAAAUGGACAUCAAAACAAAGCAGACUUUUGGGUUGAAAGUAGUUUGGAGUGAGCACUAAACUAGUCUGAUCUUGACACAACUUCUCUUCUGGUCUCAGUAGCAGAGAACUACAGAGAUCUCCUGUUACACAGUCUAAAAAAGGAAGGCUGCUUCCUUCCAAGAAAGGAGGAGGUGAGAACGAUCUCAAGACCCUGGACUGUGAGUCUCAGCCUUCUUUUCCAAGCCUGCAUUGUUCUACUGCUUAGGGCUUGCUAAGUUUAGGAUAUGAUUUAUUUCUAGAGUAAAAGAAGGCUGGAAGAAGUUCUAGUCUUUAUUGCUAGCUGGAUAGUAUCUUUUAUUGUUCUUUGUACAUAAAAACUAUUUAUACUA